AUGAGUCUGCAGCUCCUGCACAAGAAGCUCGCGCACGGCGCCGUCGCAGCGGCCCCAACACUGACGCGCGCUCUGAGCACCGAGAGCUACUCGGCAGCUCAGGCCGCGCUCGGACGCCCCAUCUCGCCCAACGUGACCAUCUACAAGUUCCCCGUGAGCGCCAUCUCGUCCAUUGCCAACCGCGUGUCGGGCGUGGGCAUGUCGGUCGCCUUUGUGGGUGGCAGUGCAUUGGGCGCCGUGGGCGCUGACGUGCCGGGACUGAUCUACAUGGCGCAGGACGCGACCCCGUUGUUCGCGCCCGUGUCGAAGCUCCUUGUGGCCUUUCCCGCGAGCUACCACGUGCUCUGUGCCGUGCGCCACAGCCUCUGGGAGUACAAACCCGAGCUCAUUAACAACGCUGAUGGACCCACGAGCUCGUACGCGCUGUUUGCUGCAGCGGGCGUCUUUAGUCUCGGCGCAGCGGCCUAUACGAUCAAGACACCCGAGAAGAAGAAGAAGCAGUAG